AUGCGAGCACGCCGGUUGUGCCCCGGCUUCCGUCCGUUUGUUUGCUACUCGUUCGACGAGCGCGCCCAAGACUAUCCGCCGUGGCUACAAACGACCGAUACGCAAAAGGAAGCGGACAAGAAGCCUGAUGCGUCCGAAGCAGCCGAUUGUAUCGCGCCCGUCAAAAUCAAUGACAACAAGGAGACGCUGUACUUCCCCUUCAAUCUGUGUACACGCGAGAUGGUGGCCUCCGGGCUAUGCGAGGGGAAGAGUCUGAGCAACGAAGCAUAUGUUCCAAAAUCAAUCCCGCACACGACGCAAUACUUCCUUCAAUGCGAUGCUGGAUUUGUCAUCCCGCAAAAAGUGGUUGCUGCUGCUGCUGCGGACAGAAAACUCAGGGAGACGUGCAUUCCAAGCCUUCAGUUGGCAUCCGGAUACCUGCAGACGGAUAAAACACCACUCGAGAACAACCCAUACGACGUCUUCGAUCCACUACAGCCCAAGUACUGUCCGAAGGGCGGUCGUCAAGCUGGUGAAAAGUGCGACCCGAUGCAUCUCUGCAUGCCUAACCCACAAGACAUCGACCCGAAGGGCUCCCCUCCAUACUACGCUCUUCGUCGGGCACUGUCGGGACCGUACGCCUCGUUGAAGAGCGAGGAAGAGACGAUCGACCUCUGGCAGAGUCUAAAAGUUCCUGAAACCCCUGCCGAGCAGACAUCCGUCGACAAGGAGAAGGCAGAAGCACAACACGCAGAUCGUGUCAAACGUCAGAGCUCCACACUUCCAGCCGUCUCCUACCCGCGCUGCAUCAAGACCGACGGACUGCCGGCCGAUCAGAAGGCCAUCGUAGAAGCCGACGAACUGCUCGAUUGCGACAGGAACCCCUUCUACAAGGAGCUGGGCCACGAAUCGCUGACCGUCACCAAGUUGCCCCUUUGCACCGAGGUCGAUCCGAAUCAGAAAUUCUGCCGAACCUCCGCGGACAGCCAAUCAACAAAACCCGCCGCAACAACCCCGGCUGCAGAAGGGUCUCUCGACUGGCUUACUGUUCCGGAACCCUGGGACUUGGUCAGCUUCGUCCUCGCCUGCAUCGGCAACACGUUGAUGGUCAUCGCAAUAGCCCUCGCCUGGUAUAUUCGAUUCGGACGGCCGGAAAAGGACGACGAUGAUGAUGAUGAUGAGGAGAUGGAAUCGCAUUCUCGCAAGCACGACUCGUCCAAGAAGAAAACGGGCGACGACGACGACGCG